CUCCGCCGCCGCACCUGCCCGCGCCCCCGCCGACAACUUUCCCUGCCUGUUGCGCGCACCGAGCUGCGAGCCCGGCGGGCACUGCCAUGGGCGCCGCGGAGCAGCGCCACGGGUAGGCGGCCCGCGGGGGUCGGGCCGGGAGCGCUGCCAAGGCUCUCCGCCCUCGCCUCGCUCCGCCGCCGCCGCCGCAGCGAUAGCUGCCCCGCGCUCGGCGAGCAUGGAGGUGCAGCUGGGGGUCGGUCGCGUCUACCCGCGACCGGCGGGCAGGACCUUCCGCGGGGCUUUUCAGAGCUUCUUCCAGAGCGUCUGCGACGCUUUCCAGCCGCCGCGAGAGGAACCGGGCGGCGCCGGGCAGCCGCCGCCGAGCGCGCCCUGCCCGCCGAGCCCUCGAGCGCCUCCGGACUCCCCCGCCUGCCUGCCACCCCCGCCGGGCUGCCUGCCGCCCCCCGAGCCCCGCGCCCCCGGUAAGGCGCUGCCGCCCGCCGGCCCCGCCAUGGGCUCGUCCUUCCCUUGCACCGGAGAGCUGAGGGAGCUGCUGGGCGAGGCGGGUGCGAUUCCGAUGCUGCCGCCGCCCGAGACCGAGCCGGCGGACAAGGAGGAUCCGCUGGGCGACAGUGCCCGGCAGCUGUGCCGCGCCGUGUCCGCCUCCAUGGGGCUGGCGCUGGAGGCGCUGGAGACCCCGGCCGAGCAGCUGCCCCGCGAGGACUGCAUGUUCGCCGUGCCCGCCGGGCCGCCCCGCGCCCCCCGCCCGCCUGCCCGCGACCCCUCGCCCGUCUUCGAGGCCGCCCUGGCCGCAGAGCCGCCCGCCGGGCCGGGGCUGCCCCGCGGCUUCGGCCGCGUCAAGCUGGAAAGCGCGGCGGGGCCGUCCCCGGGCGGCGGCUGGGGCGGCCCGUGCCGCUUCGGGGCCGAGCUGGUCCCGCCGGGCCCCGCGCCCCCCUGGCCCACCUUCUUCGCCGAGGAAGGGCAGCUCUACGGGCCGUGCCCCGAGCCGCCCGCCGGGCCCGCCGACUGCCCUGGCGAUGCCUGGUACCCACCGGGCCGGGCGCCUUUCGCCGCGCCCGCCCCCGGCAUCAAGAGCGAGCUCGAGCCCUGGGUCGAGGGCUACGCCGGCGCUUACGGCGACCUCCGGUUGGAGCCGGGCCGUGACCAUGUCCUGCCCAUUGAUUAUUACUUCCCACCUCAGAAGACCUGUCUGAUCUGUGGAGAUGAAGCAUCUGGGUGCCACUACGGAGCCCUGACGUGUGGGAGCUGCAAAGUGUUCUUCAAACGGGCAGCUGAAGGUAAACAGAAGUACCUCUGUGCCAGCCGCAACGACUGCACCAUCGACAAGUUCCGGCGGAAAAACUGCCCCUCGUGCCGCCUGCGCAAGUGCUACGAGGCCGGGAUGACGCUCGGAGCCCGCAAGCUGAAGAAACUGGGUAACCUGAAGGCCCAGGAUGACAUGGAAGGAGCCAGCUCAUCCAGCCCAACAGAGGAGCAAGCUCCCAAGCUGGUGAUGACACGCAUUGAUGGCUACGAGUGCCAGCCCAUCUUCCUCAACGUCCUGGAGGCCAUCGAGCCUGGGGUGGUGUGUGCUGGCCAUGACAACAGCCAGCCUGACUCCUUCUCCAACCUGCUGACCAGCCUGAAUGAGCUUGGGGAGAGGCAGCUGGUCUACGUGGUCAAAUGGGCAAAGGCUCUGCCAGGAUUUCGCAACCUGCAUGUGGAUGACCAGAUGUCAAUAAUCCAAUACUCUUGGAUGGGCCUGAUGGUGUUUGCUAUGGGGUGGAGAUCCUUCACCAAUGUCAAUUCCAGGAUGCUUUACUUUGCUCCAGACCUGGUCUUCAAUGAGUACCGCAUGCACAAAUCCAGGAUGUACAGCCAGUGCAUCAGGAUGAGGCACCUCUCCCAGGAAUUUGGGUGGCUUCAGAUCACACCCCAGGAGUUCCUCUGUAUGAAGGCUCUCCUCUUCUUCAGUAUUAUUCCAGUGGAUGGCCUGAAGAACCAGAAGCUCUUUGAUGAGCUCCGCAUGAAUUACAUCAAGGAACUUGACCGGAUCAUUGCCUGCAAGAGGAAGAACCCCACCUCCUGCUCCCGGAGGUUUUACCAGCUCACCAAGGUCCUGGACUCUGUGCAUCCGAUUGCCAAGGACCUGCAUCAGUUUACAUUUGAUCUCCUAAUCAAGGCACACAUGGUGAGCGUGGACUACCCAGAAAUGAUGGCCGAGAUCAUCUCUGUGCAGGUUCCCAAGAUCCUGUCUGGAAAAGUCAAGCCUAUCUACUUCCAUGCACAGUGAUCUUUCAGAGGGAACCCCGUGCUGCCACCCCCAUUCCAGCCAUCUCCUGCCGGUUACUUCUGCACUACUGUCCUGCAGUGCCUUGGGGAAUCCCUCUGUGGCGGUGGCCAAGGGGACAGGCAGUGACAGACCUGCUGGGAUUCCUGAGAUUACAAUUUUCCUGAGGUACCUCUGAACUGAACCCCUGGCGCCGACCUCUGCCUGGCACCAGCUGCUCACGGUGAUGGACGGGGACUGGUGGGGGCAGUGGCACCAUGUCUGAGUGUUCUCCUCUGUUUGUCACUGUGACUCCAGCAGCCCAGGGCCACGGGACAGCAGAAGAAGUGCCAGUGGUUGGUGGGUUUGGGGUGAUUUUUAUAAAAAGAAUACAACACAAAGCAGGUUGCAGCUCCGCGUUUGGGUGUGGGUUAUGUUGCCAGCCUCCUUCUGGAUGUUUUGUUUGCACUAUGGUGCUGGGAAGCAGAUAAGUUCAAACAUUGCAGAAGAGAAGCAGAGCAGAGCUGGGGGACAAGACAAAUUUGUGGCUGAGGAGUUCACGGGCCCUGCAGCCACUGUGGGAUGUGCUGUGGUCAGCUCGGCCCUGGGACCGGCCUGCACUGCCGAGACACGAGCGAUGGAGAGGACAGGCUGCAGCACAAGGCCUGCCAAGGAAGAUCACCUUGGAAAUCCCCCAGCGAUGGCUGGCUCCUGUUUUCCACCUGGGAUGUUUUUCCUAUGGCCUGUCCAGCUGGGUCAGACCCCCAGGUGCUCAGCAGUCACAUUCCUGUCCUUGCCAGCUGCUGCUCCCUGACAAAGCUGAACCCACCUCUGAAAGUGCCUGAUGCCCUCGGACCUCACACCUGCCUGGCUCCCCUGGGCACCUGCAGCCCCUGCCCCCACACCUGCUCUGCUCCUGUCAUGGCUCUGCAGACCUGGGAUUCCAGCUAUGCUCUUUCCCUUCAUUUGUCCCAAAUAUUUUGUCCCAACUAUUUUUUUCCAAAGCCAGCAGAUCAGUGUUCUGGAGCCAAGACCAAGGCCAGGGUCUAUGGGACCUGUGGGACCAUGGGACUCCUCUCUGAAUCCUGUCCAUGGAGAGGUGGCUGUGGGAACUGGCUGCUGCCACCAGAGCUCUUUGGGGGGCUGCAAGGGAAGCACCCCUGCUCUUGGAAGCAGCACACAAAGCUGCUGCUGAUGGCAGUGGCUGAUUGCAGCCCAGGAGGACACCACUGGGCACUCACUGUCCCAUGUACAUGGCCCUGUAUGCACCACACCAUCCACACACCAUCCCUUAGACACCACCCACACACCCCAUCCCAUGUGCACCACCCCACACCCCAUCCCUUACACACCACCCACACAUCCUAUCCCAUGUGCAUCACCCACACCCCAUCCCUUACACACCACCCACACCCCAUCCCAUGGGCACUGCCCCACACACCCAGCCUGUCCCCGGUACACACACAGCAGCCAAGCCUUUGUGCUCUGUGGUGUUUUAGUUCCCAUCUUCCUGCACAUGCUGAGUUCAUCAAAACCACCUGCCCAGACCCAGGCAGGCUGUCAGUGACUGCACACACACACAGGCUGGUGCCAGGGUCACACAUGCCAUCAUGGGUUGUGACAUGGCCUGGCAUUACCAACCCAGACAUCUGCGAGGGAUUCUUGUGCCAGCACAGACAAACAGCAAACUCUGCACCCUCCCAGGGCAGCGAGCACACCCAGAGCCCUGUGCCCACCCAGAGCCCUGUGCCCAGCUCUCCAGGAAAUGCCAUCAUGGUGCAGCUGCUCCUUUACACUCUUGGAGUAAAACAAACAAUUUCCCUGAUGCUUUCCAACCUUUUGAUGGGAUUUUCAUUACAAGAAGGAGUGGGGAAAUAGCCCUUAUGGAAGGAGAGGAUCUUUCUUUGCAAUGGUUUUCCUUCCUCUGCUAGACAGGGCUCUGAUCCUGCUCCUCCUCCUGAAAUCCUCUCAUGUGGGAAGGAACAGAAUCCAUAGGUGAACUUUCUGGCUGGCAGAUUGCUGCUCUCAGAGACCCCUCCAUGCCAGAGGGCUGCUGGUGUGAGCUACAUAUAUUUGCAAAUGAACCAGUAAAAAAUUCCAGCUGGUGAAUCCCUGUCUUCUGGAAUUUUCCCCAGCUCUUCACAGCAGAGUGGUGAUUCCCAGUCCCUGUUAUCAGCUCAGGCUCCAAGCAGUUGGAACAGCAAUUUGGGAGAGCUUUGUGCUUCACAUAGGCUCAUGUCAGGGAAGGUUUGGCUGGUUAAUGAGUGUCCUGCUGGGUGUUCAUCUGCUGGGAGACUGAAAAGAGGCCAAACCUAACAGGGAUUUGCCCACCGUGCUUUGCUGGUGGGAGCACCAUAUGAAUGAGAAGUGGGGGAGCAGGGGAAGGAUUCUGCCUGUGCCCUGUGUGUGUCACCCAGCACAGCGAGUGCUGAGCGAGGCAGGAGCUCACGGGGAGCACCCCCAGCCCAGGACAGAGGGGCAGUCAGGGGCAUUGAGGUCAUGUUCUCUAUCUCUUCACUAUCACAGUAAACUAUUGCAACUUGUUAAUUCAAAAGUUGGGUUUUUACAAUAUGAUUACCAGGAAAUGUGGGAGCCAGGACUCGCAGCACCUGUGUGUGUAUUUGCUGGGGGAAUUAAUGCUGUUUCCAUGUGGAUUUUCAUGAGCUGCUGCAGGAACUGGGGAAGAAGAGGCUUUAAGAAAUACCAAAGUCCAACUCCUGCCAUUUAUCUUUAUGCUUUUUGUUUUCUUUUGCAUUUUCUUGUCUACUUUUGCUUUAAUAAAGCAAGGAGAAUUUCACCAUGUUCACAGUCCCAAAGAAGCUGUCCCUGAGGCUCUCCUUGGGCUGAGCCCUGGAGUUGGGACCCCCUGGGUGUCACAGAUGAGACCAACCACCUCCGUGUUCCCCUGUGGAUUCCCUGACUCUGCUCUGGCUCAUCUCAGAGGUGUGGUGGGUCUUGAGCUGCCUCAGUCUGGGUCAUGGCUCGGCCCAUCAGCUCCUGCCCAAGGCAGCAGAUGGAGGACAAGGGAUACAGACCUUGGCAUCUCCCUGGGAGCAGUGUUUGUGCAUGGAUGGGCACCAUUCCAUAACAGAGGGUGUGGGAUAAAGGAUGCUGCCUUUAGUGAGGGCAGGAGGAACACUUCCUCAGCUCUGUGUCAUGGCAGAAGCAGUGAGACAGAUCAAAUGGUGCAAUGGCAUGCAGCAUUCCCAGGGCAGGUAUCAUCAACCUGUGCCCACCUGAGCCUGACAGGUUCCUGCCAGCACCUCCUGCCUCAGCAGGAGCAAGAGCCAGGACAGCAGCUCUCUGCUUGGAGAGGCUGUGGUUGAGUCUGGAGAGCUGGCAGCAUCCACAUGCCACUGCCAUAAUGUCCAAGAGGCCCUUUGUGCUUGGCUCAGGGGACAGGGUGCUCAGUGAGGGGAGUGAAGCUGGGGCAGGACCCUCCCUGCAGUGCCACUCCUUGCUCUGGGCCAUGGGGCUGUCCGUGUGGUCUGUAGGGAAUGCUGAGGGUACCCAAGGUGUCACCUGCCUCCCAGCCAGCCCGAGAGCUGCUGCCCUGUCACCUCCCAGCACCGGCCAGCCCUGCAGUCCCUGUGCUGUCCCUCCCCUUGCUGAGCUCUUGCCCUGGAUGUUUCAAUAACAUAAUGUAUGCUAAAAUUAUCUAUCUCUGUAUAAAAUAAAGGCAUGGCCCAUUUUCUAUUGCUAAAGAUAUCUAUUUAGUGACGUGCUCUAAGAGUCCUCUCUGGUUGCACACUGAGGUACUGGAUGCUCUGCAGGACAUGAGUCAGAACGUGCCAAUUUAAUGGAGACUUUUCAUUAUUUUUCUGGCUGGGUGCUGCCCAGUUUGCAAAGGUCCCCCUUUUUGUGGCAUGCACAGAGCACACACUAGCAUAGGCUGGGGUCAGUCUCACCUUCUCCAGCCUUCCUGUGUCUUCUUGAGGUUAGACAGGGACAGCAUUUGCAUUGGGGAACAAUGGAGCGUCCCUUGUUCCUUCCCUCUUUGACUUGCACAAAGUGUCCUCACACAUUUGGGCAGAAUGCUGGGGUCACAGAGAAUGUCUGAGUUCCACCUGUGUGCAGGCCCAGGGCUGGCUGUGGCCACUGGGGGUGGCUGUGGGCAGGCAGGAGGUCCCAGCCCCUUUGGGUGGGUCAGAACCUCCCCUGCCCACUGGUGCCUGCUCCCUGUGCUCCUUCCCUUCAGCAGCAGAGGGAUGCUGUGCUUGUGACUCACAGAGUAAAUCUCUGCACCCACAUAAACCCUUAGCAAGUGGAUAAAAGCUGCUCUCUGUGCCAGAUAUUUGGUGUUCUGUGGCAAUUUUAUGCUGUUUCUCUUUGUUAACAUGUCUCUGUAAUAAUAAGAGUUCUCUAUUUGAUAUAUUUUACUUUCUUUGUAAUAAGCCAAAAAGCUCAUUGCUGGUGCCUUUUUGCCUGGAGGGGCCUCCCAGCCCACAGCUGUGUUGCUGGGAGUAACAAAGGCCAGUCUGCAAUUGCUCCUUCCACCAGAGCUGAGGGAAAGACAGAAGCCAAUGCCACAGCAUUGCCAGAAAAAAAAGAGCCUUGGAAUGGCAGAGAGACUUUGGGGUAUGAUGCUGGUUUUUUCCUGGGGCCUGGCUCCAAGGUGAGGGCUGACCAUGAUACUGCGCACACCUUGGCCCCAUUUCCAUGGGACUGUGACCCUGGAGACCCCACAAACCAUAUAAUGUAGGUGCAGAGCACACAGCCUGGUCUGGCCCAGUUUGGAAUUGCAGUGCUUUGCCCAAAUUAUAGCAUGACCUGAGGGUAAAUUAUCCCAGAGAAGGAAUUAGAUGGAUUGCUGACACAGCUGGUUUUUCUGUUUGUUUUUGUUGUUUUUUUGGGGUUUUUUGGGUUUUUUUGGUUUUUUUUUUUUUGGAACUGAAUGCAUUGGAUGGAAGAGAGAGCCCCAGAGUGUUUUGGUAGGGCUGGACUGUGGUGACAGAUGCUGCUGGGGCCAAUGGGGUGCAGUGCAGGAUGCCUGGGGACAAUUGCAACUCACAAGUCCCCAUGUGGGACUGAAGGAUGUUCAUUUGUGUAACCAAAGAGAGGGGCUUGCCUGGCACCCAGGUAAAGAAACCGUGCUGGGGGUAAAUGAAAAUUCUUCUUUCUCUUUCAGCCAUGCCUGGGGCCCACGUGAGCCCCCAGCCAUGCCACAGGGUGGCCCCUCACGCUUGGUGUUCAGUUCUUUUUGUAACCUGAAAAUCCGCUGUUGUUCUGAGUCCAAUAAAUGCAGAAUCCGGUUUGCUGGAGCUCUACCCUCUGCCUGCAUUUGGCUUUUGUGUCAAUUUUGUGCAUGAAAUCGCUGUGGGUGUGAUGGCUGCCAGCAAGCAAAGGCACUGGGAAUCCGUGGGUCAUUUGCCAGUAGAUGAGGCUGUACAUUGGAUCAUUGUAGGCUUUCUUUCACACUCAGAUUUCACCAUGAAUCGCGUCUGAACUCGUAAUUCAAUUACAUAUCAAUUGGCUAAUCCUUUCAUAUAUUCCUCUUUGGGUCUUUUAAAUUGAAUUUCAGUUGAUUAAUGUAUUUCUCAAAGCAAGGAGCUAAUAAAGGCCAGUGUCCUCCU